ACAGUGAAAGAAGAGGAAGAAGCGUUAAGAGUGAAAAGAGAAGAGAAUAUUACCGUGAAAGAAGAGGAUGCCGUUUUUGGAGCGAAGAGGGAGGGAGAGAUAACUGUCACAUUGAAGGAGGAGGAGGAAGAGACUGAAGGUCUAAUUAACACCAGAGAGAGACCAGACUCUCACUCUGACAGCGGGAAGAGUCCUUCAGGGGAACCAGACCCAGAGACGCCCAAACCAGAGAGACGACAUCAGUGCUCCCACUGUGAAAAGAGUUUUACUCAUUUAGGGAGUCUGAAAAUGCACGAGAGAAUACAUACAGGAGAAAAGCCUUACCACUGCUCCCACUGUGGAAAGAGUUUUACUCAGUUAGGGGCCCUGGUUGGGCAUGAGAGAACACACACAGGAGAGAAGCCUUACCACUGUUCCCACUGUGGAAAGAGUUUUAGGUGGUAUGGGAGCCUGAAGGAGCAUGAGAGGACACACACAGGAGAAAAGCCCUACCAAUGUUCCCAGUGUGAAAAGAGUUUUACCCAUCGAGGGAGCCUGAAAAUGCAUGAAAGAAUACACACAGGAGAAAAGCCCUACCAAUGUUCCCAGUGUGAAAAGAGUUUUACCAGAUCAUGGGACCUGAAAAAGCAUGAGAGAACACACACAGGAGAAAAGCCCUACCAACAUACUAAAACACAGGAGGACAAGACAUACCACUGCUCUCAUUGUGGAAAGACAUUUUCCCAGUCAGAGGACCUGAAAUCCCAUGAGAGAAUAGAGAGGCUGUGUUCUGAUUUAUGUUUUCUUUGGUAG